AUGAUCAAAAAUCCCGUUGUAAACAUCAUCAAGCAUCCUACAACCAAGACUUUAAUGAGAGGAGUCCAUUCUCGUCUACCAGCGGGAGGAACUGAUAUUUCCGUUCUUGGACAAGAACUGACGUUCCGCUGUGGACGCACCGCUCAAAACCGGUUUCUAAAGGCAGCUUUAACGGAAAGAAUCAGCUCCUGGGAUCCAAAAGAGUACAAGAAACGAGGUAUUCCAUCGCAACGUCUUAUCAACCUCUACGACAAAUGGGGUCAUGGAGAAUUUGGGAUUAUCCUCACAGGAAAUAUUUGCGUUGAUCCGUGGAAUCUUGAAUCAGCGGGAAAUGUCGUAUUCAGCAAGGAAAAUGACUGUCCAGAACUUAGAGAAGCUUGCAAAAAGUUAUCGGCAGCUAUGAAACAGGAUGGGGCACUGGCUAUUGCACAAAUUUCGCACGCAGGACGUCAAACGCCCGAACUGGUCCAUGCUCACCCGUUUUCAUGCUCAGACAUACAAUUGACCGUAAAGCGGCGAUUUAUGGGUUUCGGGAAACCGAUUGCGUUAUCACUGGAGCAGAUCAAGACGGAAGUUGUUGAUCGAUUUGUGUUUGCAGCAAAAUUUGCACGUGAACACGGAUUCGAUGGAGUUCAAAUUCAUGCAGCACAUGGAUAUCUCCUAUCUGGAUUCAUAUCACCGUCUACCAAUAAUCGUAAUGAUAAAUAUGGUGGUUCGCCUGAAAACAGAAUGCGAGUGAUCUUGGAAGUGUUCAGAAGCAUUAGGAAGGAAAUUGACGCUUCCACAGGUUUCUUGGUUGGAAUCAAGACAAAUUCAGUCGAAUUCCAAGAGAAAGGUUUGAGUGUGGAGGAUGCUAAGCAGAUGUGUGGAAUGAUGGAAAGAUGUGGAUUCGAUUUUGUGGAGCUUUCUGGUGGAAACAUAGAACGUCCUGCAUUCCAACACAUGCGUGAGUCAACAAGGAAGAGGGAGGCCUUCUUCCUCGAAUUUGCAGAACAAAUUCGUCCAGUGUUUGAAAAGACGGUUGUUUACGUCACUGGCGGUUUUCGAACGGCCCCAGCAAUGGUUAAUGCUAUUUUGAAUAGAAUUACGGAUGGAAUAGGACUAGGAAGACCAAUAACUGCAGAACCAGAUCUUCCGGCGAAAAUCCUAAGAGGAGAAUGUCUCGCUGCAGCAGACACAAAAUUGAAUCCUGAUGACUAUAUGUUGACAUCAACAGCCAGCAAUAUGCAAAUGGGACAAAUGGGGAAGAGACCGUAUGCGGAGCUUAAUGACGUAUGUGACGAUAUUGCUGACCUAAGCCAUCCUCAGGAGGCGGAGAACUACAAGAAAGCUUCCGAAAAGUACUACAAGGAGAUGAAAGAAACGGCAGACAAGGGUGAACCCAUAUAUGAUGUUAUGGAGUAUACCAAUGUAGUGAGCGGUCACCUAUAUGGUGCGGAUUUUAAACCGUCACAAAACGUUUGCGCGAGGCCGGAUUCGAGCUUGAUUGCUGACGGAGUCGACAGAAUGCUGCAAUAUGUGGAUAAUCACGGAAAUAAAGAAGUAGACGUUUGUAUCGAGAAAAGAAGAGGAACGCCAUCGAAACCAGCUAAGUACGCUUCUCCUACACAAUGUAGCGUUUUGCCCUUUGUGUGGACAUCGCUCCAUAUCCAUGAAAGAUGA